CCCUCCCCGCCCGCCGCCCCAGGAAGCUGGGUCCCGCAGCGCCCUGCCCGCCGCCGCCAUGCAUUGUGGGGCGGCAGCAGCAGAGCCAAGAUGGCGGCCAGCAGGAGGCUGAUGAAGGAGCUUGAAGAAAUCCGCAAAUGUGGAAUGAAAAACUUCCGUAAUAUCCAGGUUGAUGAAGCUAAUUUAUUGACCUGGCAAGGGCUUAUUGUUCCUGACAAUCCUCCAUAUGACAAAGGAGCCUUCAGAAUCGAAAUCAACUUCCCAGCAGAAUAUCCAUUCAAACCUCCUAAGAUUACAUUUAAAACGAAGAUCUAUCACCCUAACAUCGAUGAAAAGGGUCAGGUUUGUCUGCCAGUAAUUAGUGCUGAAAACUGGAAGCCAGCAACCAAAACUGACCAAGUAAUCCAGUCCCUCAUAGCACUGGUGAAUGAUCCACAGCCCGAGCACCCCCUUCGGGCUGACCUAGCUGAAGAAUACUCUAAGGACCGUAAAAAAUUCUGUAAGAACGCUGAAGAGUUUACAAAGAAAUAUGGUGAAAAGCGACCAGUGGACUAAAAUCUGACACAGUUGAUGUCAGCAACGUAUGAUAGAAGAUCGGAGCAGUGCAUUUGAGACACCCCGUAAAGCAGGACUCUAUGGAAAAUUGACAAGUGCCACCUUUCGGUGUUAACUUGUGGCUGUUACUAACUUUCUACAGUUUUCUUAAUCAAAAGUGGGCUAGGUAACCUGUAAAGAAAGGAUUAAAAAUUUAAGAUGUUCUAGUUCUGCUUUCUUUGUUUAAAAAUCACUGCUUCAAUAUACUUUAAAGUAUGCUGUUUUCUUUUUCUUGUCAGAAUUUAUCAAAAAUAUCUUAGACUUAUAUUCUGCCCUUAAAUUGAAAAGGUUGUGGCUGUCAUUUCUUUUUUUUUUUUUCCUUGCAGUUCCCACUAUCCUGAGUUCACUUAAUUCUUCAUUGAAUUUUCUCUCCUUCCCCAAACUGAUGUCUUAGAAAAAAAUAUCCCAGUUCUGGCAGAAAAUGAUUGAGUGUUUGGCAGUUUUGUUUACUUUUCUCUUUGAACAUUGCACUGUGCUUUUAUGGGACUUGCUGCAAGUUCCCUUUAACUUCAGUUUGUAACAUAAUAAACAAAAAACAAACCCCACAAAUACAAUCAAAAAUAAUGUCCAGGUCUUAUGUAAAUCUGGCUGGUGUUACCACAAAAUGUUUAUUAAACGGGGAAACCCAAGUUUCUGUGUGCGUGAUUGAAUUAAAAUAUGGCUUAUAUCCUGCUUUUGGAAAACUAUGGAAAAAACUAAUCUGUAGCAAACAAAUAGUGGAAUGUGAUUACAAACUCCUUUCACUUCUAUUCUUUAUGCCUAUGCAGAGUAGCUAGGAAAACAUGCACAGAACAUUGCUACCAGUUCCAGAAACUGAGGACCAAGAGGUACCAAAGUAAUAAACUGUUCUUGAGUCAAAAGUCAGUAUUUUAGAAAUAAUUUUGAUUUUAGAAAUUAUUUUGAAUUCAAAUACUAAAUCUGUCAGCACUGCUAGUUAUCUGAGUAUGUUUUCUCAUCAGAAUGCAUAUGGAACAUCUGUGCUUUAGGGGAUGGCACUCAUGCUGCUUCCCUGCCCAGUUGCUGUACAGUUCUUACUUAAAAUAGUAUGAGAAUAGGAUUAAGCAAUAAACUGUAAUAGAGUACACUUCACUACUGCUGUUCCUAUGUUUUAGAAAUACACAGUAGAUGGUUUAAUGACUACUUCAAGUAUUGUUCUAUCACCCUAACUUAAUCAGGCAGAGCUCUUUUCCCUUUGCUCCAGGGCACACCCAUGCUGAAGGCUGCCCUUUCUGCUCAAAACUGAGCACCCUCUACUCCCUGUAUUGCUUUUCUUCUGCCUGCCUGUCCUAAAUCUAAAGUGUGAUCAUAGCUCCACAGUCAAACUGCCAUACAAUCAAACUGCCUUCUCUUCCCCACCUGUGGAAUUGGGGUAUGUUAAUGAGCAAACAUGUUUCCAGAAAUCCAUAGGUAUCUGGGAGUACAUAUCACGCUGAUGUGCAGGAAGUUGAACUAGAAAAUCCCUCACACCCAGAUGGUUGUUUUUACUCCUAAAUUCAGUUUUAAUACAGCCUCUGCAACCUUUCAGAACUAGUGUGUCAAGCGGUAGGUCUCUUUUUUUUGGUUUUUAAUGUAUUGUAUAUUUGCUAUUUCUUCAUUCACUCUUCUCAUCCAGCUUUUAUUUCAGACUUAGCGUAAACAAUGACAGCCCAGUACCUCACCUCUGUUGAAAGUAAAUUUUUUUAUAAGUUAGGGAGCUAAGAAAUUUUAUGUUUAAGUGUUCUUAGACAGAUUCUUUGGCAGGUAAAUAAAGUUAAACCACAUUCACCUUAUUUACGGAAACUUGCAUUUCCUAAGUGUUUUCAGGCUUGUGAGAGCACUGUCUAUUACCAAAUUUUCACAUCUUUGUGUCUUCAUUUGCAGAAAGUUGGUACUGAUUUUGUUUCAUUCAUGCUCACUCGGAUUCAUAAUAAAAUAAUGCCAAAUUAUCUGUCAAA